AUUCGUAGUGAUGUCUGACCUGAGAUCAGCGUGAGAGUGGGGAACAAAGGGCGGUUGACAGACAGGAUGUUGCUACCUGCUACACUGAGAAAAAUAGACGGAGAACUAUCAGCAGUGAGCACAGAGUCCUGGUCCCGAUGUCUUCAGGAGGAGUUGGUUCUGUCACCAGGUUUGACCGGGUGCGGGAGAUCCCACACUAUGACCAGGUACCUGUGGGCGCCUCAUGGCAGUACUCGGAUUUUCCUCCGCCGCCGGAGUCCUUUCACGGAACAUUGCCUGCCGUAAGCUUAGACCCCUUUCCCCCUCCCCCUCUACCUCAACAGCCAGCUGUUGGGUAUGAAUCCUUUUACCCCCCCAGCGAUGGUGAGCCAGUGGAGCCCGACAGUGACGUUAUGGACAUUAAGCCAGUCCAUCGCUUCAUCCCUGACUCUGUCAAGGACUUCUUCCGUGGCAGUAACCGUGGCAGUAAGGGUGAAAAAUGCCACACCACAGCAGGAGUCCCCUGCUCACCCCCCAACUCCGCCCCCCCAUCUCCGUCCCUUCCAGGGUCCUAUCGGGACCCCUAUGGUGGCUCUGGGGGCAGCUACACCUCUCAGAAGGAGCGAGACGCACUGCUGCUGGGUGCUGAGGCCCUCGACUCAGCAUCUGCAGUACCCACCAAUCUGUCAGCCUUGACCUACCAUGAGCGGGUGGAGGAGUACCAUCAGCGCUACGCCUACAUGAAGUCCUGGGCCGGCCUGCUGAGGAUCCUGGGCUGCGUGCAGCUGCUGCUGGGAGCUGCUGUAUUCGCCUGCGUCUGUGCUUAUGUUCAUAAGGACAACGAGUGGUUCAAUAUGUAUGGAUACUCCCAGCCACAGCUGUUUGGUGGGCUUGGUGGUGGUGCUGGUGCGUAUGGAUCUGGGGGUGGUUACUACACAGGCCCCAAGACACCUUUUGUCCUGGUGGUGGCCGGCCUUGCAUGGAUAGUGACCGUCAUGCUGGUGGUUCUUGGAAUGACCUUAUACUACAGAGCCAUUCUUCUAGACUCUUCUUGGUGGCCUCUCACAGAGUGCUCCAUCAACCUCGUCCUGGCGGUGCUCUAUUUAGCAGCAGGGAUUGUGUAUGUGAGGGACACCACUCGAGGAGGACUGUGCAACCUGCCGGUCUUCAAUAAUGGAAUUAAUGGGGCAUUUUGUCGGACUGAGGCCGGCCAAACGGCAGCCAUUGUCUUCCUCUUCAUCAACAUGGUGCUCUACUUCAUUAGUGCAGGAGUGUGUCUGAAGCUGUGGAGGCACGAAGCAGCCAGGAUGAGGAGGGAAGGGCUGGCACAAGAGAUGAAAACAAUUGGAUCAUCAGUCCCUCUGUCCAUACUGGGCCCAGGCUCCAGGGCUUCAGAUCCGACUCCUCUCCCCACUAUCCAGCCAGACAUCAUGGAUGCUGCUAACAGCUCUGCAGCUGCUCCUCUAAGGACGCUGGAGCCAGAGAUCCUCAGAGGUCACAUACCAGCAGGACACAUCCCCAAACCUGUCGUUAUAGCUGACUAUGUGGCGAAGUACCCCAGCAUCCGCUCAGAGGAGGAGAGGGACCAGUACAAGGCUGUGUUCAAUGACCAGUAUGCUGAGUACAAGGAGCUGCACGCUGAGGUUCAGGCCAUGGCCAAGAAGUUUGAAGAGAUGGAUGAGAUGAUGCAGAACCUUUCCGCCCGGCCUUCCAGCCAAAUGGAAAAGGAGCGGAUCAAUGGCAUACUAAUGGAGUAUCAGAGGAAGAAAGCUGACCCAACAUAUUUGGAAAAAAGGGAGAGGUGUGAGUACCUAAAGAGCAAACUCUCUCAUAUCAAACAGAAGAUUCAGGAGUACAACAACAGGUUCUGUACAACACACAUUGAGCACAGUCCCUCUGUCUUCUUCUAUUACAGCCACAGCAGCAGACACAGGCACAGCGAGCUCAUGUCCAACCCAGCCUUUUCCUACUACCCAGGAGAUAAGAUGCUUCACUUCUAUCGCUGGACUUCCCCACCUGGUGUGAUGAAGAUAUUGUGCAUCAUCAUUAUCAUCAUGUGUGUGGCUGUGUUUGCCUGUGUGGCCUCCACACUGGCCUGGGACUACGAUAUGAGCAUGAUGGGCCUAGGAGGGGGAGGUGGCUUGUUGCCAGGUUAUGGCGGCUCAUACGGCAGCUCAUACGCCGGCACAUAUGGUGGCGCAAUCGGUGGCGCUUAUGGUAGCAACCCAUAUGGAGGCGGCAUUGGCUCAGGCACUGGAGGCUCCUAUGGAUAUGGCUAUGGAGGAACACAAAUGGAUCCCAAAGCUGGCAAAGGCUUCAUCAUCGCCAUCUCUGCUAUUACCUUCAUAGCUGUGCUCAUCAUAUUUGUGUUGGUUGUUUCAAGGCAAAAUGCUGCCCGCUCAUCAAAGUUCUACCUAGCUGCCAUCAUCAUCUGUGCCAUCUUGGCAUUUCUGAUGAUCAUCGCCACUAUUGUGUACCUGGUGGCAGUGAACCCAACAGCUCAGUCCACAGGGUCUGUCUACUACAGCCAGAUCCGCCAGCUGUGUGCCCAGUACCAGACCCAGACCCAGGCCCAGGGCAUCUUCCUCAACCAGUACCUCUACCAUUACUGUGUGGUGGAGCCCCAAGAGGCCAUAGCUAUCGUCCUGGGCUUCCUGGUGUUUGUUGCCCUCAUCAUCCUGCUGGUGUUUGCAGUCAAGACUCGCUCCAAGAUCAGACACUGGGGCCGGGAUCGCAUUCUGUGGGAGGAAGUGAAGGUCGUCAAUGAUGGUCUGCAUAACAGCGUCGGGGAGUGGGUGAACAAUGUGUCUGGUGACCCAGAGGUGCUGGUGAAUGACCCUAAUCCCAAAUUUAGAGGGUCCAGAGACUAUUUGGACCAACUGGACAACAAGCCUCUUUACCUGCCAGGAGACUCAGACAUCAGCAGCUCUGUGGAUGUCCUAAAGCACAGGCUGAAGGACUAUGACACUGGUGUGGAGUCUGGAGAUGACCUGGAGGAGGAGGACUUCUCAGUUUUGUUUCCUCCCAUUUUGGAUGAGCAAGAGCGUCUAAUCUACAAGCGGGAAUUUGACCAAGAUCAUCGGGAGUACAAGAGCCUUCAGGCUGAGCUGGACAGCAUAAACCAGGACCUGGCUGACCUGGACAGAGAGCUGCACCAACACCCUGAAGGCAGCCCGCAGUUCUUGGAUGCCAUGGAUGAAUACAUCAAAUUGAAGAAUCUCAAGAAGUCCCCAGAGUACCAGAUUAAGAAGAAGAGGUGUAAAUAUCUCAGGUCCAAACUGUCACACAUCAAGAGGAAGAUCAGCGAAUAUGAUCGCCGGCCUUAAACCUUCACCUCUGACCCCCUCACGCAGGGAAAGAGACAAAUUUGCAAUUCCCUACCCCACUGUGUUUGAGUUUAUCACAAAUCUAGAUGGGGUUACUAUAGUGAAAGCCUGUUGCCUUUGUAUUGCAUCUGUAUCAAGCCAAUCAACUGUGAUUUAUAUAUUUAUCCAGAGAAAGGGUGAAGGAAAUUGUUAUCGUCUUUGAUCAGUUAUUCAAUGAAGAACUACUGAGGUGUACAAAAUGUUUUUUAUUUUUAAGUCAGAAAGUGAGAGAUGUGAUAUGAGAUGUUUUUCAGUACUUGUUACAUUUAUGAAGCAGUUAAAGUGCUUCUUUUAUAGCCUUUUAACGAGUUUGACACUUUUAUGUAAAAUGAAGGCACAGCUUAGAUGAGACAUGCAUUUGCUUGACCUCAUUGCAACACUGACCAUCCCUUGUAAAUAAUGUUAAUUUUAGACUUUUGAAACAAUUUUAAUUGUUCUUUAGUAAGAUUUUUUAGUGCUGGAGUUGGUGAAACAUAUGUGAUUGUAAGUCUUUGUUGUAGCCUAUAGACCUUUAUCAUGAUAGAUAUUAAAAGAAGCUAUGGAGGCUCAGUUCCCUUAAAAAGUGUCUAAUUAACAUUUGUGUUACAUUUGUUUUUUACUCUCAUGAAUUUUAUUUCUCAUUUCAAUGUUAUCUAAAAGCAAAUGAUUUUAUAUUCCCACUGAGUCAAUAUUUUUUAUUUUGCAUAUUUUGUAUUAGUAGAAAUCAUGCCUGUAUGUUUUGGUGUGCAAUCCAUGAUAGACUGUUUAAAGUGCAAUCAUCCGUUUGAACACAGGAAUGUAAGCUUUCAAUAAAAAACAACAAUUAA